UUCCCCCUCAUUUUGGAGAAAUUUAAAAUAAAAUCUGCCGUUGAAGUGACUGUGAAACACGUUGCAUUGUGGGAGAUGUAGGAAUUCCUCUUCCUGUUUAAACCGGAUAUGGAGUUGCUCGGUUAUCGGACGCCAUGAACGACAGGACGGUGUCCCCAAAUUUGAAGAUUAAAGGGUUUUUGUUAUUAUAAUGUGCUCAGUCAUACGUAUAAUAUCUCCUCCUUUACCCCUAGAUGUGCUACAGAUAAAUAUCUGUAACAGAAGAUGUUUAUUUAUCUGAAAACAGAAAUCACCACAUACAAAUGAACGCUAGUUGCUUUCCAGUCAGUGACUUGGACUAACUGUCGGCUCCUGGUUAAACUUGCUGUCAGGACCACCCAGAGGUUGCCUGACCACCUCCUGAUGUCUGAAGACAAUGAGGAAGAACGCUGUGUCUCCAGAAAAAGGCAGGUGUAUAAUGCCCACCCGAAGGCAAAGUGCUGGGAAUGUGGCAAACAACAAAUCAACAAGCUUGAACUUGCACUGUCAAAGCCACAAUGUCAAAGCCACCUGCCACAUCUGCAAGGUUGUUUUCCGCCGCCUGGCGUUGCUCUCCACACACCUGAACAGUGUGCACUCGUCACCCAUCUGCAAAAAGUGCCAUCAGUCUUUCAGUACUGUGUGGGAGCUGAACAAGCAUGCGGAGACACCUUGCAUGGGCUGUGCGUCAGUUCGUCAAGGUUCGGUUCCCAUUGUCAAAUGUAAAAAGCACAAGAAUGACAAUGUUUCAAAUAAAGUGACUGUGCACCGAAAUAACAAGUCAGUACGAAGUGACUCAGCGUUAAAGUGGAGGCCUAAACAAAGAGCUGAGAGGAAGCCUAAGAGACCUGGGCCAUCAGACAACAGUGUGGAGUAUAUAGUGGAUGAAGAUGAUAAUGAUAUUGACAUGGAAAGUGAUUGUGAGGAAGCAGAUGAUUCAACAAGCUCUGAAUCCGAUGAUGAGGACAACAAACGCUAUAAACGCACCGACUUGUGUUCAGGUGAUUCCGAGUCAGAUAGCAGCUCAAGCUCGACUGAUGAUUCCAGUGACUCUUCUGACAGCCCAAACUCUAAAACCACCCCUGCUCCUCUUCCCAGUGGUAAAAAUUCAAUGUGUGCAGUGUGCGGCAGGGGGCCAUUUAGGUCCAUUAAGCUCCAUUUGCUCCACUGUAGUGGCGUAAGAGUGAAAUGUCAGUGUUUGCUGUGCAAGAAGCUCUUUGCAACUGCAGCAGCUCUUAAUGAACACCUCAUGCCUUUGUAUACCUGUCGCAUCUGCAGUCAAGUUUUCUCUCACAAGAACAUGUACUUUGGCCACCAGUGUCCUGAAGGAAGCAUAUCAUCUUUGGUCCUCUUUUGUUCCGAGUCAUUGCCGAAAGCAUGUAACAUAUGCAAAUCCUUUUUCUCCUCUGAGAAGGCUUUGUUGGACCACGUCACCAGAGUUCACACGUCCGUGGUCAGCACCAAGGUGCACAUUAUUACUGAUCCGUCACUGCUGACGAAUAAAAAGGUCACAGGAGGUAUCAUCAGAACAGAAGCGCAGUCAGCCAUAUGUAGUCCGAACAUAGCAAACCAGGCUGUUAAUGGAAAGCUCUGCGUUGGCCAAGCCGAUGCAGGGUCUACUGUAGUGAAAUCUAGCCCUUCUCUUUCAACCUCCUCAAUGCACAUCGUGUCUGCUGCUGCACCUGACAAACUGGAGAACAGUGGUGAACUAAAUAAGCCAACCAACCAGCCUACAAGUCACGUAUCUACACCUUUACUAAUCCCUCCUGCUGCCACUGACGAAGCUCCAGACAUUGCAGCCACCUCUGACUCUGUUUCUCCACCGUCGCCCACAAUUCUUGCCAUGUUUGAGAACGACAGCCAGGAUGUGGCUUUGAUGAAGCGCAUGAACACAGGCUGGCGCUCCAAAGCCUCUCGCCCCUGCCGGCAGUGUGGUGCCAUCCUGCGACAGCCCUCCCUCAUCAUCAGCCACCGCUACCUCCACCGAGGUCGCCGCUUGCACCGUUGCCAGUGUGGCCGAGUUUUCAAGCACCAGCUGCAUCUCCUGCGACACCACGUCCAGCAUGCGGAGGCCCUGAGCUACAUCUGCGUCAGCUGUGGGGACACUUUCUCCGGAGCUAGACUCUUAGCUCAGCACCUAAAGGGCGACACGUUGAAAAAAGCCUGUUCUGGACAAAAGUGGAAAAGUAAAGUUAAGACCAAGUGCAGGAUGUCGUUUACAUGUGACUGCGGACUUAUUUUUUUCAGACCUUCGGCUUACAUAUGGCAUCAACUUAAAAACAGGACAAAAAGUAAAUGGCUGAAGAAGCCAGUGAAAUGACCAAGGAACUCUUUGUGUUUAGACAAACGGGAGAUUUCACACAAGUUGUCACUAUUUUUGUUUAAUUCAUGUUACCAAGAGACAAAAUCAAAGCAAAAACACAUUCAUUUCUUAAUGGCUUUGGAAUCUGAGCAUGUCCUGGCUGGUUGUUUUCACCAUGUGCAAAUGAUACAUAGUAAACAGGGUGAGAGUAAGUUCCUUAUAUGUUCUUUUGAGUACAAAUGAACCUAUAGGGAACCGUUUUCAGUAUUGGAUUCAGUUAAAACACAUCAAAACUCCAGUUUAUCCUCCAGAAAAAAGUAAGUCCAGUUUUGCAAUUGUUUUGUCACAAAGUGCAUUCUUCUCAGUGAGGUUUGUGUGGAAGUUUGAGCCCUCCUGUUUUCUGUUAGUUUAGCCAAUUCAGACUUUGCGCUCCUUUGAGAUACCGAAGAGGUCUUGAUAUUCAGGUUGAAAAUAGCAUAGAACUUUUUUAAUGGUUGUUAUAUAAUCGUCACGAUCUUAACUUUAAUAGUACAAAAUAAUUUGUUAUUUCAUGUCCACUAGAUGGAGCAGUUGGGUUGCUAAAAGAUGAGCAAGCAAGACGACUUGAGCUCAAGUUUAAUUGUUCUCAGAACAGGUGUAAACUGCCGGAUGCUUUUCCUACAUCAGAUGAUUACAACCUAAAAUGUAGACGUUAAUCUGUGAGUUCUGGUUGAAAGCCGAUGAAAUCCAACGGACUGACAGUUUUAAAUAAAGCUUUCUCACCACAAUA